UCAUCUAUUAGGAUGUCUUCACAUGGCCUCUAAAAUCAGCUGUUUAUUCUUUUAAUCUCGCUCUGUUUACUAGUGGCUGUUGACAGUUCGCUGCAUGGCUUGAAACUAAGGGUGCACCGAUCGCAAUUUUCUGGGCAAUCGCCGAUUACCGAUGUGGUGCCUUGCAGCAAGGAAGUCGUAGGUUUGAAUACUGGCCUGAGCUAUAUCUGCUUGGAGUUUGCAUGUUCUUCCCAUAAGCACCAGGGGAAUCUGGCUAUUAAAAAAGUUACAUUGUUAUUUGUUUUGAGUGCCUCUAUAUUGCUAUGUGAUGGCCUCUUACUGGAGAGAGGCACCAUAAAGCCCGAAGGCUGGGAUUCAAGGUGCUACAAACUGCAUGCUGUCCUAGUUUAAUACUUGAUCAGUUGAAAAAGAUCAUAGAAGCAUAUGAAGUUGAUGCAAAAACCUGUAAAACUAGUUUUGUAACAUUACAUGAACUUAGUAUGAACACCGGUGAGCUGCACCUGGGAGAAACAGACAGAAACAAGCGCAACGUGAAGGCGCUCUGUUGUAACUGCUCUUCCUCCUUCUGCCGGAGUUGAGGUUAGCUUUGAGAGCAGCUUUGCCCUCAGUACAGAGACAACUCUUCCGGUGCCAACCUCAAACUCUGACAGACACUGAUCACAGUAAGACAUCCGAGCAACACCUUUUAAAGACAAGCCGCUUUGAAAUACGCAACCAUUCAGACGAAGUAGUAGGAAGCAGAAACUGAGGCAGAUAGGAAGCCUUUAAAAGAGACGGUGAGUUGACCUCCUGAGCUUCUAGUGUGCUAGAAGUCAGAGGAAGGAGAUGCUGCUGAGGUGAAGGGAAAGGAUUAAGGUGUUAAAGCUUAAGUUCCUGAUGGCGUCUGCUUCUGGUAGCAGAGAGAAGGAUCAGCCUCCAAGACUGCCUGUCAAACAACACAGACGUUCCAGUGUGGAGUCAGACUCUGUUUUCAGCCCUGCUGGGUUUCAACAUCCCAGCUUUGCAUACAGCGAUGUCUUCUCAGAGCCCACCGACUGUCAUGCAGCCCAGUGUCCCAUCCACCAGCGCUACGAUCCGUUCAAACACCAGACGAGAUUCUUCUCCGAUGGCACACCACCUCCUGUUCCAAAGAAGAAGCUGACCCGCGCCCUCUCUCUUCCCGGCAUUGAGCCACCUGCAUACUGUUCCCUCUCUCCACUCUCUCCUCUGCAAAGACAUCCUCAGAACUUUGACAACCCCCUCUACAUGAUGGCACCGAUACCUGAUACUUCUAUGCAUGAGGAGACUCAAGACUUGAAACCAGCCAGAAGAAGCCCUAUUCCCUUGCAGCCCCUGUCCCAGCUGUCCUUUGAUACCCCAGAUGAACACCUAGCCUCCGUCUUUGGGAGCUUUGAGGACCAGCGUGUUGUCUCAGGGAGGAUUCAGCAUCGUCAGCUGCUCUUCCUUCGAAGCAUGGCUCAGAGCGUUGAGGAGCGCAGCAUCCUAAAGGUGAAAGAAAAAGAAUGCGACUCAUAUGAGCCUCAGGAUUUCCUGCUGUGUGAGGGUAGCAAGCCAAAGAAGAUCGGAGGCAAGACCUACUACAGCCUCCAGAGCCCAAAGUUCCCAGGGAGGGUUCUUGGUUUGAGGGCAUGCAAAGGGACGAAGAACGCUCCAUUGACUCGUAACAAAGAAAACCUGCACGCGAAUGUGCAAGAUGCCAUCGCUUAUUUUCAACCAAGCAUUGAUAAGGAAAGCGAAACCAACGCAACGCAAGAUCUUUCCACCACUGGAGAGUCAGACUGCAGGGCUCCUGAUCCACCAGACGGAGGCAGCAACGAGAAAGCGCCUUGUUGUCCCAGCAUGACGUCUCUCACAGUUAACUCUCUCCUUCAGAGAGGACACUGUGUGAGCGUGGAACGUGAUCUGCCGCACGCCACCCUGGAGGACUUUGUUCAGGACAGCUGCUUGGUGCAGCCCAGCGACUGUCAGAAUUACAACAGACAGGUGUGUGUUCUGGUGCUGCAGGUCCUAAUGGGUUCACACCACCUGCACAGCAACAGUGCUGCUGCAGCUGAGCUCAGACCCAGAGAGAUCCUUCUGGUCUGGCCCGGCAGGCAGAGAUGGAAAGGGAGAGAUGUGCUGGAACAGGAUGGUCAAAUAGGUUGGGUGCAGGAGUUAUGGAGGAAAUAUGGCUGUCCUCGUGUGCUAGUGACACCACAGUCUGCUGCUUUGGCCCCUCAGGCUCUGACCUCCAUUAAAUGCCAAAUGGGAGCCCUAAUUCAGUUCUGCCUGCGCCCACAAGAAGCUCACAAAGACCCUACUCUGUCUGUAUACCGAACAGGGCUUCUUCAUUUGUCCUCUCUGCUUCAGAGUGAGAGCGGUCCCCAGAUGACAGACAUAAUAGCCAUGCUGCAGGUGCUCCUGUGGGGGCCACGGGUCUCCAUAUCCAACCACAGAGGCUCCUUGUCGCUCACGGCUGUGCAGAACUGGCUGACUGUCAAGCGAGCCCUGCUGGUGAUGAAGCUGGCAGAGGUGGGACUGAUCCAGGAUCAGUCUGGUGUGGACUGGGAGGACUGCAUGUGUCUGAAGUAUCUGCCAUUUACUGAUUCUGAAACGGUCAUGGGUGCAGCUAUGCAGCUUUCCAACAUCCUGAGCUGAAUUUAGCAAGAUAUUUUUAUAAUCCAUCAGGAGCAGAGGACAAAAUACUUUCAGAGAGGUUCAUCCUUCCUUUAGCUCCUCUGUUCAUAUUGAUGUAAACUGGUCUGAUAAAAUGUUUAAUUUGUCAAAAUAAACAUCAAAAAGAUGAGAUCUGUCCCC